CUGCUCUACAACACGUUGACGACCGAAGUUGAAGCGACGCUGGGCUAUGCUGCGCCAUGAGGAUCCUUCUGUUCUCUUCCAAUCACUGUAUUUGCUCAACCAAUGGAUGUUCAAUGCCUUGGCCAGCGAGUGCAGGGAAUCAAGUCAAGAGCCAGUAGAAAGACGUCGAGCAAUCCACUACUUCAUCCGAACCGUUUCAUCGCUAUCGACGAGCAAAACCAGCCCACAUGCGCUUCCGGAGGCAUGUGAUUUCUGAAGCGCGCCCACAAGAGCUUCUUUACCAAGGAUCAUCGGUCGGAGAGCUACGAAAGCCUCCGUGUACCUCCAAACACCAUGCGAUUGGUUAGACCGACGAAGAUCGACAGCGAUCAUUAUUGCGGCGUUGCUUCUGCGAUGUCCGGGCGCAAAGCUUUAGCGGGGAGCUAGGCUCGAGCCCGUCUUGUCCCUCGCAUCGCACGUUGCUAUGUACGCUUCUUCGCCAGCGCCCUCAUAUAUCGUGCGCGCAUCUGCCAGACGGUAUCCGAACCCCCGAGUGACCUGCAUACACGAUUAUGCUGUCCGCUCUCGCCGUCCUCGUGUCUCUGGCUGCGGCCGCUUCCGCACACCCCCAGCAACCGCACGGGGCCCACCGCGUGCAGACGAAGACGAACGACUGGAACGUCGCGUGCCGGGGGAACUGCUCGUACGACCUCCCUGAGGGAGGCGCCAGCAUCCACCUCUCCGGCGGCAACAAUGCCGUGUCGGACAUCACCCACGCCGGCGGAUGGACGAUCCUUAGCUGCAACCAGACGGCGCUGGUGCAGACCGUGCGCGCGACUUGCCACUCGACCGACUGCGAGCACCUCUUCGCGGGCCACGGCCCCGUCGACACCGUCGUGCGGCUGCCUGAAUCCUGCGGCCCCGCACCGUUCGCGCGUAUCGCGAAUGUCACGGCGGACCCCAACCAGACUGUCCAUGCGCGCUACAGCAAGUACCAGCACGCGCGCUGGACGCCCGGCCAGAUGAAGGACAAGGUGUUCCUGCUGGAAAUGGACGUUGAUUUCGCGUCCGUGGAUCCCUCGACUACCGGCCCGGUCUCGUUUUACGUGUCGACCAACUCUACAGGAACUGCGCCCUCGGCGCGGGGCCUUGAUGCUCGAAACAACUGGACCGCCUACAACGCCACCCCUACGAUCACUCUCCCGCCCGUGAAGAUCAACCAGACGUUCCCGCUGGCCUCCGCCUCUAUCUCGUGCCCGGGCUUCAACGCCUCCGUAGCGACCGAGUUUGCGCUCAAUGUCGAUACGGCAGUGACCAUGGGUAUGACCAUGACCGGCACUGUCAUCCCCGCCAAGAUCACCCAGCUCGACUUCUUCGCCGGGCUCGAUGGAAGCAUCCUGGGCAAGUUGGGUGUUCAGGCGGCUGCUACGGGAGGGUUCUCGACUGGGAAGGUCAGCCUGUACCAGGUUGCGAUUCCGGGCUACAGUGUACCUGGUAUCUUCAGUGUCGGCCCCACCUUCACUGUCUACGGCAAGGCUGACCUGGAGCUCGAUGCAUCGCUCGACGUUUCGCUCGAUCUUUCUUACCAAGUGAGCGGCGCACGUGUUUACGUUCCUGCUUCGGCCACGCCUCCAGGUGUCGUCCCCGCUAAAAGCAACUUCACCCUGGCCCUAACUCCCGAUUUCACCGCGACGGCAAACGUGACCGCGAGCCUGAUCCCCGAGCUCGCCGUCGGGCUGAGCGCGUUCUCGGGCCUUGCCAAGGCGGAGGUCUUCCUGAACCUCGAGGCCGACGCGGGGAUCUCGCUGUCGAGCCUAAACGCCUCUGCCGAUGCGCGCGUGACGGGCACUGGGUCCGCGGCUGUCUCGGGCCAGGUCGCCGGCUGCGUCGACAUCAACUCCGGCUUCUCCGUCAACGUGGGCGCCGACGGCAAGCUGUUCAACAUCAUCUCCGCCGCGGUCUCCACACCGCUGUACGCCAACAGCUGGGAUCUCUACAACACGUGCUUCGCGGCCUCGGGCAGCAAGAACAACGGGAAGGCUGCGCGCCGGAGCGCCGGACUGACGCGCCGCGCGGCGCUCGUGUGCCCGGCCUCCGCCAGUGCGACAACCCUGCAGCAGUUCAUCAGCCAGUUCCUGCAGGCGCUACCCGCGCUACCGUCCGCCUCGGCCCUGCCGUCGCUGCCGUCGCUCACGGCCUUCCCCUCCCUGUCGCUGCCCGCCAUCUCUGGCCUGCCCACCGUCGUUUCGAAGCGAAGGCUAUGAACUCUAGCUCUGCUCUUGUGGGGAAACAGCGACCACUCUCUUUGAAUCACCUGCUCUCGUUUCGUAACAUCUCUUUCUUUCACACCACUGUCUUUUCUAGUUUUCCGGUGAAUCAAUGCUGUUGACCUA